GACGUUAAGUUUUUGAUCGCGUGGUUGUCGAAUUCUUGGUGAAUUGGUGAAAAAUAUUCGUUAAGAUUUCGAAAACAUAAAAGAAAAUGUCGUCGAGUGAUAUAAAUAUGUUAGUGGAUAUGGGCUUUAGCAUAUCUAAAGCAGAAAAAGCUUUAGAAAUUACUGGAAACAAAGGUGUUGUUCCGGCAAUGGAAUGGCUCUUGGCCCAUUCAAAUGAUGCUGAACCAUCAUCUGACCCACCUACUGCUGAAAGUGCAACGCUGUCUAAUCUUCAAACAUCAAUCCAUGAAGAUACUGCCGAUGCUAGUGGUCAGGCGUCUACUACUGAAGUUGCUAAAUCUAUGAAAUGUGAUAUUUGUGGAAAACUGUUUAAGUCUAACUUGGAAGUCGAAUUCCAUGCGACAAAGUCCGGACAUGAUAGAUUCUCUGAAAGCACGGAAGAAAAGAAACCUCUUACGGAAGAGGAAAAGAAGGAACAAUUACGAAUUCUAACAGAGAAGUUAAAACAGAAAAACAAGGAGCGAGAGGAGCAGGAAAAGAAAGAUGCACAAGAAAGGGAAAAGAAUAGAAUAAAAUCAGGGAAAGAGAUGGCUCAGGCUAGAAGAAAGUUAGAGUUGUUAGAAAUGAAAAAGUUGUUAGAGGAAAGGAAACGUGAAAAAGAAGAAGAGAAAUUAGCACGUCAAAAAGUUAAAAAACAAAUUGAAGCUGAUAAAGCUGCUAGACAUGCCAAAGCUAAUGCCAAAAGAGCGUUAACAGAAUCUCCACCUACACCGUCAUCCUCUACCAGUACUUAUAGAAAGGAAUAUAAUGAUACAAGGUUGCAGAUUAGGCUUACUAAUGGACAAACAUUAACACAAAGCUUUGGAAGUAAAGAGAAGUUAUCUGCUGUGAGAUUAUUUAUAGAAAUUAAUAGAACAGAUCCAUCCGGUCCAUUUAAUUUAAUGACAGCUUUCCCAAAGAAAAUUUUCAUGGAAGAUGAUUAUGAAGCUCCGUUAAAUGCUUUAGGCCUGACACCAUCUGCAGUUUUAAUUGUUCAGAAAAAAAUAGAAUGAUCAUAAUAAAUAUCAGCUAUUACUUUCCAUGCAGUCAACCAUGUAACUUUUAAGAUACCAUACCAUUGUAAGAUGUUCUACAAAUUGUUUAUAAAAAGGCAGCAUUUCAAAACAUUCUGUAUUUGUAAUUAAUAAUGGUAAAAGAGAAAAUAUACAUUUGAAAAUAUAA